AUGAUAAAAAAAUGUCAAAAUGAAAUUUUCAACGGUUUGUCAGAUUUGGAAAAUGGAAAAGAAGUAAACAAAGAAAUCGUUAAAGAAAGAACGGAUGCACUCAUAGACGUUUAUCAUAUUUUAAACAACGAAAUUCGUGACGUCAUAAAAACAACAAUUUAUCAAGGGAUCGAUAAUAAAAUGAUAAUAAAAAAAUUCGAAUGCGUCGGAAAUAAUGGAAAUCAAACAAUUAACGUAUUGUACGAAAUAUACAAAACGAUACCGGAAAAAUCUAGAAAUUUAAUAGACGAGAGUUAUUUGACAUUGUUACCCUUUAAUUUAACCCUUAAUUAUUUUUUAGAAUUUUUAAAUGAUUUUAAAAACGCUAAAGAACAAGAAAUAUCAAACGAAACGACGGAUGGCGGCAUAUUGAUAAUAUUAGACGAAGUUAAAGAAAAAAUGGAAACGAUAGAAAAUGUUUUGAUCAACGUCAAUGUCAAAAUGGAGGAUUUCAAAUUUGAAUUUUUCGAAAAAUAUGUCGAUUUCGUACACGAAACGGAAAAUUCACUCAAAACCGAACAGGCGAAAGGUUUGAAAAAAAUUCAACAAUGUUUAAAUUCAAAUUGA